ACACAUGGUUUGUAGAUCAGAGUUCAGAGUAGUUCAGGAAUGUGGAAGUGGAACUCACACAGUCACUGCUGCUGACAGGAGAAAUGGCUGAGAAAGGAGUUCAGCUGGACCGAGAAACCUUCUCUUGUUCCAUCUGUCUGGAUCUACUGAAGGAUCCGGUGACUCUUUCCUGUGGACACAGCUACUGCAUGAAGUGUAUUAAAACCCACUGGGAUGGAGAGGAUGAGAAGAGAAUCUACAGCUGCCCUCAGUGUAGGAAGACCUUCUCACCGAGGCCUGACCUGGAGAAAAACACCAUGUUAGCAGUUUUAGUGGAGGAGCUGAAGAAGACUGGACUCCAAGCUGCUGCUGCUGAUCACUGCUAUGCUGGAGAUGAAGAUGUGUCCUGUGAUGUCUGCACUGGGAGGAAACUGAAAGCCUUCAAGUCCUGUUUAGUCUGUCUGGCCUCUUUCUGUGAGAAACACAUUCAGCCUCACUAUGAUUCACCUCCAUUCCAGAAACACAAGCUGGUGCAGCCCUCCAAGAAGCUCCAGGAGAACAUCUGCUCUCAUCAUGAUGAGGUGAAGAAGAUGUUCUGCUGCACUGAACAUAAAGGCUACGACACAGUCUCAGCUGCAGCAGAAAGGACGGAGAGGCAGAGAGAGCUGGAGGUGAGUCGACAAAACAUCCAGCAGAGAAUCCAGGACAGAGAGAAAGAUGUGAAGCUGCUCCAACAGCAGCUGGAGGCCAUCAAUGACUCUGCUGAUAAAGCAGUGGAGGACAGUGAGGAGAUGUUCACCCACAUGAUCCAUGUCAUCCAGAAAACAGGCCGAGAUGUGGAGCAGCAGAUCAGAUCCCAGCAGGAGACUGAAGUGAGUCAAGUCAAAGAGCUUCAGGAGAAACUGGAGCAGGAGAUCAGAGAUCUGAAGAGGAAAGAUGCUGAGCUGAAGCAGCUCUCAGAUACACCAGAUCACAACCAGUUUCUCCACAACUACCCCUCAGUGUCAGCACUCAGUGAGUCCACACACUCAUCCAGCAUCAACAUCCAUCCUCUGAGACACUUUGAGGAGGUGACAGCAGCUGUGUUAGAGCUCAGAGAUCAUCUACAGGACAUUGUGAGGGACACAUGGACAAACAUCUCACUGACUCAGCUGGAUGCUUCUCUAUCAGAUUCUCAAGCAGAGCCAAAGACCAGAGCUGGAUUCUUGAAAUAUUCACAUCAAAUCACUCUGGAUCCAAACACAGCACACAGAAACCUGUUAUUAUCUGAAGGUAACAGAAAAGUACAACAACAUCCAAACUUCCGUCUCAGGUCCUCGGUCCUCCAGAGUUGGAGUGUACCUGGAUCACAGUGCAGGUAUUCUGUCCUUCUACAGCGUCUCUGAAACCAUGACUCUCCUCCACAGAGUCCAGACCACAUUCACUCAGCAGCUACAUGCUGGACUUUGGAUUUAUGGUUUUAGAACAAGUGCCGAGUUGUGUCAACUGAAGUAGAUGUCUGAUUGUGUCUUUGAUUCUUUGACUCAUUUAGUCUCGUUGUUUCAUUUCUGCACUGCACAGAGAUCAACUGUCAAUCAGCGCUUGUUUAUCUUCUCAUGACUUCUUCUGCUCAUCUUUGACUUUCUUCACUGAAAUAUGACUUUCAUUUGUCUUGACGUUUCCAGCCCAGCUGUAGUUUGUGCUCUCAGUCAGUAGAGAGGAUUUAUUCCACAGGACCAACGAGUAGAAACUGUGAUUUGAUCCAGUUUGGGUGUGAAGACGUUUUGUUGAGUCCUGACACACAUCAGACAACAGAUGUUGUAUCGUUGAGGUGGUUUCACGCGUUGAGAUGUUGAGGUGAAACUUCUCCAUGAGGCUGUGGUGUUGUUUCAGUGUGAAAGCAGCAACAUGUUGAGUCUCAUUUGAAAGCAUCAGGACACAAUAAAGGACAUUUGAUGGAGGUUUAUGUUGUUCCUGACAAGUUUUCUGACUCGUCACUGAACCACGGAGUGACAGUUUUUCCACUGAAAUACUGAAACAUCAACAACAAACAGGAAAUGUGCAUCUGUGUCAGAUUCAGACAUGAAAUCAUAAAAUUCCUGUUUUAUUUUUAACAUUUUAUUGUAAAUAUUUGUGUUUUCACAUUUUAUCUUCUCGGAAACAAUUGUACAAUUUUAAAACAGUAAAUGACUUUUAAUGUG